CCCCAGGCAGCUGCCCUGCUCGCUACCCCCUAAUGCAGAAAACCAGUUGUUGGGGCACAGCUGGGCCAUGGAGUUUUUAUAGCAUGUUGGGGAUGACAUCAGUUGCACGACAAGAAGUUCUUGGCCUUUACCGCAGGAUAUUUAGAAUAGCCAAAAAAUGGCAGUCUGCAUCAGGACAGAUGGAAGACACUAUUAAAGAGAAACAGUACAUUAUAAAUGAAGCCAAAACCUUAUUCCAAAAAAACAAAGAUCUAACAGAUCCAGAGCUGAUUAAACAGUGUAUAGAAGAAUGCAAGGCAAGAGUAGAAAUCGGACUUCACUAUCACAUUCCCUACCCAAGACCUAUUCAUCUGCCUCCUCUGGGUCUCGCCCCACAACGUGGUCGUACAUUUCGAAACCAAGAAAAGCUGAGGAAGCUUUCCAAGCCAGCCUACUUGAGAUCCUACGACGAAGUUUCAUAACCCACUGUCAAAGUGUGGUGCAUAUUAUCACGAACUGCGAGGCAGACAUGGCUCGUGUGUGCAACUGUGAAUGAAAGUGUGUGCUUGAUAGUCACUUACUCUUCCUGACUCCACAAGCCUAGCUGAUUCAGUGUAUGGAAACUCUUGUAUUUAAGAUUCAACCACUGACAUCAAUAAAAGUAACAGCUUUUAAGGA